AAGACAAGGCGUAUGAUUGCACGAAGAGUUGAAAGACAUUCAAAUGCCGUAAAGUCUAGUCGAGGGCGGUCAGAUCAGCUGUGGCUUUGAGACCCGCUCAGCACGCCGACAUGCCUGGCCAUUCUGCUCUUACUUGCCGCCUUGGCCCUGAGCUCAAUGAUGCAGCUCGAUCUGGAUCUGCUGGACUCGAGCUGCUUUCCGCACCUGUGGCGAGUCCCGAUGGAAAGGUCAUCAGCCAACGAGCAACACAUAUCAGCGCAUCACUACCUAGCACUCACCACAGCAUCACUCUUCGAACAGUUGCGAGAGUAGUCCCCGCAAUGUGGAAUCGAGGGAUUGGGAUUCUUCUUGGGACGACAGAAGUCUUUCUUGCAGUUGAUGACCGCACCAUCGGGAUGCUGAUGCAGGCAAGAGGCAAAGCAUUCAGCCAACGCUACGGUAUAGGGAACGAUCUGAUGAGUUCACGGCGGCAGUCGAGUUGGCGCGGUCGCGUGUGGCGAGGUGAUCGACACUCUCAAAACCGGUACGGAGAUCGCGAGCCAUGUUGCUGCCAUUCGAUCCGCCUCCCUGAGGUGGAUCAUUACGGGCCUCGCGCUGAGGAUGGUAUCUGGUCAGAUUGAGUUCACUGGGUACGACAAGACUACGACUCACAAUUGCCUGCUCGAACAUCCUGUGUCGAGUGACGUUGCGGGCGAAUGCGUCCCUGC